AAUCAAAGUGGACCACAUCAAUACAUCGAGGGCCGUGAUUCACGGUCUUAGCCCGGCGCUGCUGCACAGUAUCGGCUGGGUGUCGGCACUCGGCACCCGAAUGAAUCGAUAAUCCGGUCGAGUCGCGAGCCGACCGACCAUUCGCAUGAUCGGCCAGCCGAGCCACGCUUUUGGAAUUCAGACUCUGCUGUCCAUAAAUAAAGCAAGCGGGGCGUCGUUAAGCCGUCGAGAAGGCGUCAGUCAGAUUGGAGUUGGAUGGAUUGGAGAAAUCGCUCCUUAAGCGUCGCGGCUCUGCUAAAACAAGAAGCUUCGACUUCUCUUCUCUCUCUAAACGACUGAUCUAUCUUCUUUCUCUCUUAGCUCUUUUGUCUCGCUCGGCUCAGAUCGGCUCAGAUUCUGCUUCGAUCCGGCUUCGUCUCCCCCAGUCAUCACUUUCUCCCUCCCGCGGUAACUCUCUGCAACUCAUCGUUCUGCUCCGUGUUCCCAAUCUCUCAUUUGGGUCUUCUUUUUCCUGUUACUACUUCUUUGUGUUGAAUUGAAUGUUCCCGUUCAGUAUUUCAAUCGAGCAUCAGCGAUGUCGCUGUCCGGCUAGGAAGCCUUCAAGUACGUCACAUGGUGAAUGGGUUUCCUUGCUGUUCGGAAACCCUAAUUGUCAGUGUUUGCGUCAAAUUUGAUUUUUCUUGUUCCGUGCUGUUUAGAUUGUCUUUCAUCGGAGUGGACUUGAAGGGUGAAGUAACCCUGCCGGCCCUUUCUGAAACUUUUGCUGCUAGCUCAAUGAACUUUGAGGCAGGAACUGUCAGUGGGAAAUCAGGGAACCUAAUGGAGUGGAAUGUUAAUAAUGCAUUUAAAAGCUUAAAAGAUAUGGAACCAAAGGCCAUGAUGGACAUGACCCUCAUUCCAAGUAUUGAUCCAAUAGAUAUUGGCCUGGGUUCUUCAGAGAAAGGGAAUGUAGCUCCUCCAGCAAAACCCAGAAAAAAGUCAAUGACAUCAUUGUAUCUCAAAUUUUUUGAAACUGCUCCUGAUGGGAAGAGUCGAAGAUGCAAGUUCUGCAAGCAAAGCUAUUCUAUUUCAACUGCCACUGGUAAUCUGGGAAGGCACCUAAAUCAUCGUCACCCUGGAUACGAUAAGAUGGGGGUUGGGGAUGCUGUCAAUAACACAGCACCACAGCCUAGCCCCGUAACAAAGAAACCUCAAUCUCAAGUUAAACCGCCCUCAGUGGACUUGGACCAUCUUAACUGGUUGCUACUCAAAUUUCUAAUUCUGGGUUCUCUUCCUCCCUCCACUUUGGAGGAAGAAUGGCUGUCAAACUCCUUCAAAUUCCUUAAUUCAUCAGUCAAAUUUUGGACUGGUCAAAAGUUCCAAGCAGUUAUCCUUGAGGUGUUUAAGAGCAUGCGGGAUGAUGUAAAAGCAUAUAUGGAACAAGUAAAUUCUAGAGUCUCGAUCACACUCGACUUCUGGACAUCCUAUGAGCAGGUCUCCUACAUGAGUGUGAAAGCCCAUUGGAUUGAUGAGAAUUGGUCCCUCCAUAAUAUUCUUCUUGAUAUCUCUCACAUACCUUACCCCUGUGGAGGCACAAACAUAUAUCAAUCCCUGGUCAAGGUACUCAAGAUGUACAAUAUUGAAAGCAGGAUCCUCUCAUGCACACAUGAUAACAGUCAGAAUGCCAUGCAUUUGGAUGGUCAGAAGGUAGUACCCUUCUGCUACAUCCCAUGUGCGGCUCGGACACUGAACCUGAUUAUAGAGGAUGGAUUAAGAACUGUGAAACCAGUAAUAUCCAAGAUCCGGGAAUUUGUAUUAGAAAUGAAUGCAUCCGUUGAGAUUUCAGAGGAGUUCAACAAAACAACAGCAGCUUAUCAAGAAGGUUCCUGGAAAUUUCCUCUUGAUGCUUCGACCCGGUGGAGUGGAAAUUACUUGAUGCUCGAUAUUGUGCGUAAGGCCAGCAAAUCAAUGGAUGCUGUUAUUAGGAAUCACGAGGAUACUCUUGGGAAUAGGAAUAUGCUGCUGAGCCCUGCAGAGAAGAAUGCUAUCAAUAUCAUGCAUGCAUACCUAGAGCCAUUCUACAAGACCACAAAUAACAUCUGCACAAGCAAAGUCCUCACUAUUGGGCUGGUUCUCUUCUUCAUGGACCAUGUUUCUGAGAUGAUUGCCGCCUGUAGGGACUCCCGUCAUAAUCCUGACUGGCUCAAGAGUACGGCUGAGGACAUGGCGAAGAAGUCCCGGAGUUACAAUGGUCAGGUCUAUAAUGUUUUCACAUAUAUGGCUGCAAUCCUUGAUCCCAGGAUCAAGAGUGACCUUAUCCCUGAGAGUUUAAAUUCAGAGAACAACCUUGAAGAAGCAAGGAACCAUUUUAUGAGAAAUUACUCUACCAGUCAUUUCCCUGCCAUGGCCAAUGGCUACACUGCUCAGGAUAGUGAAGAUGGAGGUAGUGUCUCUUUUGCAGAGGAGAUUGCUCGUAAGAGGCGCAGGGUGAGCAUGAGCACAGCCACAGAUGAACUCACCCAGUAUCUCUCCGAACCUCCUGCUCCCAUUCCUACAGAUGUUUUAGAGUGGUGGAAGGCAAACAGCACAAGAUACCCACGGCUUUCUGUGAUGGCUCGAGAUUUCCUGGCUGUUCAGGCAACCUCUGUGGCACCUGAUGAGCUGUUCUGCAGAAAAGGUGAUGAAGUCGACAAACAAAAGUUCUGUUUACCCCAUGGCAACAUGCAAUCCCUCCUCUGCAUACGAUCAUGGAUCCAGAGUGGAUUCAAGUUGAAGUAUCAGUCAGCUGAGGUUGACUAUGAGAAGCUGAUGGAAUCUGCUACUGCAAUCACUGAUAAUGGCUCUACAGGGUUUGACAAGAAACCAAAGUAAGAGAUAAAAAGGAAAUAAAGAUGGGAGAAUGUGUGGAAGAAUCAGGAAUGAAUAGGGAGAUAUGACAUACAAGUCUACCAGGAAGGGGAAGAUAUGGACCCAGUGGAGUUGGUUGGUGAUGAUCAUGAUCAUGCUUCAUAUUCUCAGCUGCUGAUCUGAUAUAUGUAAUUUAUGUUUCUCACUCAUGUAGAAAAGGAAGACGGGAAGAAGUUUUAUCUCUUCCCUUCGCUUUGUUGUAUGUAGGAGUAGAACUCUGAUGUACAGAUUAGAUGACAACACUGGAAAGGCUAACCAGGAAGUAAUCCAUUGAGAGACUAGUUAUAGACUGAAACUUCCAAGUGAAGUGUUUUUAUUAUGUGCCUGUAUAUGGGCAUAAUAUGGAUAUUUGUUAAGAUUUGCCGUUGGGCAAAGAAAGUGUAUCUUAUUCUUA